UCGCCCACAAAGCGCAAGCACUCGCCCUCGCUUUCUAUCGACCUUAGCGACCUACCGCAAUUAUCCACAAUCCCCGUACCUUCAAAUACCCUGAUCAUCACCGGCCUAAACGACCCUGCCAUCUUCGGCGCCACAAACCUUGCAAGCAUCAAGGCUGCUCUCGACAGCCACGCAACAACCUACUCCUUCUCGCCUCUAAAAUCCUUCCGUCGCAUCAUCGCCUCCUUCUACAAUGUCGACGCCGCAAUCGACAUCCGCACAAAGCUCGAUGGCGAGAAUGUGCUAGGCCAACGCAUCCGUGUCUACUUUGGCGCAGAGACAAAAAUCACUACUCAAGAAGACCAACACUUGAAGGCGCCAGGAACUGGAAAACUGUUCUUCAUUUCGCCUCCCCCUUCGCCUCCCCAUGGCUGGGAGUCCCGCCACGAAGACCCUCCUAACAAGGAGGUCCACGCUGAGGACUUGGCAGAGGCACUGCACAGAUUGUCGUCUGUGCCUGAAGAUGAGCAGGCGCAACACAUCGAGCAAGCUGAGGAUGUCAAGACCGCCCCUGUCUCUGCUCCUGCUGUGACGAGAAGCAGAGCUGACUCGAGGACCAUUGUCUACUCGCCUGUUGAGCAAGGUCACUCGCCCCAUCUGCCUGCUAUUGCUGUUGAGGAUACCAGUUGUGAGGCUUCGCCUACAGAAGAGACCUUUGGCAUGGAUGUGCAGAAGCCUAUCACCCACACUGCUCGUCCUCCUGUCGAGCUCAUG